AUGCGAUUUCUUAUUGCUAUUUGCUUACUCUCUGUUGCUGCCGUUCACGUUAAAGGACAAGAUAUUGAUGUUGGUGGUAUCGCAUCAGCACUCUUUAACAAUCUCCUCAGUUCUGUAACAUCACAAUGGGGUAAUAUGUCAUCGGAAGAUAUGGCUUCGUUCAUUGAUAAAUUCAAUCAACCAGGUGGUUUGAAUCACAUUUGGAAUGCUCUUGAUUCUCAUUGCAAUUCACACUUUGAUUGUGGACCAGAUGCCUGUUGUCUUCAACCAACUGUUCAUGGCAAACGUGGUUUUACUGAUGGACUUAAUCUUCACAUGUCAAGCUACUGUUCACCGUUGAAAAAAGGCGGUCAAACAUGUUCACUUUUCCACAGUGGUGAAACCAAAUCCACAUUUAGCUGUCCAUGUGAAAAAGGACUUCAAUGUGUUUCAGGUGGUUCGUUUCAAAUCCAUCCAUUGAUUAACAUUCAUAAGAAUUCCGUUUGUAAAGUUUAA